GUGCCCACUGCCCACAAUUACACUCCCACUAUGUUCUUAUAAAUCCCCGCACUCUCCACUCUCCCUCAUACACAUUUACAUAUACAUACACACAAACAUAUGUAUAUAUGUCUGAAAUGUAAAAAAACUUUGUGAGAAAGAGAGAAUUCUUUUCUUAAUAUUAUCAAAAUCAAGAACAAUGGGCAACGUAAGGCUCGAAUCAUCCGGAGCAACAGGUUCGGACUCCACCGCAUUUCCGAACCACCCACACGCUGCCACGUCAACACCGCCGGAAGCUGGUCGGAGAAGAAGCAGCAACCGCAAGAGGAAGGUUAAAGUGCUGCCGUACGUCGCAGUAGCGGCCGUAGCUCUGAUGCUAUUUGCUGGGCUCUUCGCGGGCGUACGGGCCCGGGUCGAACCGGGUCAACCCGGUGUGGGUCUGGUCCGGAAACCGAGUCAGGCGAUAUCCAGGGCGUGCGGGCUGACCCGGUACACGAGUUUUUGCAUGGACUCGAUGAUGGAGUUCCCGGGAACUGAGACGGCGUCGUCGCCACAAGAUCUGGUCCACGUGGCGGUGAACAUGACCCUCCACCACUUUUCCCGCGCUUUCUACUCCUCUGCAGCCAUCUCCUCCCUCCACAUGCCGCCACGUGUCAGGUCCGCGUACGAUGCCUGUCUCGAGCUACUUGACGACUCCGUCGACGCCCUCUCUCGAGCCCUCUCCUCCGUCGCCACAUCUGCCACCGGCGGAGGAUCUCCAGAGAGGACGCAGGACGUAGUGACGUGGCUUAGCGCCGCGCUCACGAACCACGACACCUGUGCGGAAGGGUUCGACUCCGUUGACGGUGGCGGAGUGAAGGAACAGAUGACAGCGGAGCUGAAGAAUCUAUCACAGCUGGUGAGCAACUGCCUCGCGAUCUUCUCCAAGAGUGGCGGAGGAGACGAUUUCUCCGGCGUGCCUAUUCAGAACAGGAGGAGGCUGUUGGGUGGGGGAGAUUCUCCCCGCGAGAUACCAGGGGGAGAGAAAUUCCCGAGAUGGAUGGGUAGGAGAGAGCGCGAGUUAUUGGAGAUGCCCAUCUCGCAGAUACGGGCCGAUAUUAUCGUAUCGCCGGACGGGAACGGCACCUGCAAGACGAUCGCCGAAGCGAUCAAGAAAGCUCCCGAGCGCAGCACUCGCCGUACUAUCAUCUACGUCAAGGCCGGAAGGUACGAAGAGAACAAUCUCAAGGUGGGGAGGAAGAAGAUAAACUUGAUGUUCAUCGGCGACGGAAAGGACAAAACGAUCGUUUCGGGAGGGAAGAGCAUUUUCGACAACAUCACCACUUUCCAUACGGCGUCGUUUGCGGCGACCGGGUCUGGGUUCAUCGCAAGGGACAUGACAUUCGUGAACUGGGCGGGACCAGGGAAGCAUCAAGCGGUCGCCCUCCGUGUCGGGGCGGACCAUGCGGUGAUAUUCCGAUGCAAUAUCAUCGGUUACCAAGACACUCUCUACGUCCACUCCAACCGUCAGUUCUACCGCGAGUGCGAUAUAUACGGUACGGUGGAUUUCAUAUUCGGUAACGCGGCAGUGGUACUACAAAACUGCAGCAUAUACGCGCGUAAGCCAAUGGAUCUCCAGAAGAACACGAUCACGGCGCAGAACAGGAAGGACCCGAACCAGAACACGGGAAUGUCGAUACACGCGUCUAGGGUUUUGGCCACGCCUGAUCUCGCGGCCAUGAACGGAAGUGUCCAAACGUAUCUAGGACGACCAUGGAAACUAUACUCUAGAACUGUGUAUAUGUUGUCGUAUAUAGGUGAUCACGUACAUCCAAGAGGCUGGCUCGAGUGGAACACGUCGGCGUUUGCUCUCGACACGCUGUACUACGGGGAGUAUAUGAACCACGGGCCAGGGUCUGGGAUAGAGAAGAGGGUGAAAUGGCCGGGGUUUAGGGUUAUAAAUUCGACCGAGGAGGCGAGCAGGUUCACGGUGGCUCAAUUCAUAUAUGGAUCUUCAUGGUUGCCGUCGACGGGGGUGUCGUUCUUGGCUGGACUCAACGUCUAGAGAUAUGGCGUUUUGUAUUAUUAUUUCAUUCUUAACCCAUAUAUAUAUAUAUACACAUAAAUGUCUGUAUGUAUACAAUAUGUAUUCUGUGCCCUUUUCAACUUCAUAUUUGAGAGAUGUGUUCGAUAAUGGUUGUAAAAUGUGACUGUGGUCUUUGUUGUGUGAUUAUGGGCGAAAAUAGGGGGAUUAAAUUCGACGUGAAUAUGUGAUUAAUAAAAGAGAAAUCAACA